GUACUCUCGGGACACAUCUCGCCGUGAGUGCGUUUUGCUUCGUUGCUCAUGUACUCGUACACGCUCCGGGCGGCUACUAGCAGCGGCGGCGGCACGGGACUCGGGUUCGCGCUCGGCCGGAUCGGCGGCAGGAGAGGCGGCGGCGGUGCCGGGGCGCCGGGCUUGGUGGUGCCCGCCGCUGGAGCAGCAGCUCGCGGGAGGAGCGUCUCGGCAACGCCGGCGGCCGAGAAGCCGGUGCCGGGGGAUCAGGGCGUCGGCAUGGAGCAGCCGAAGCAGCAGCAGCAGCCGCAGGUGCCCCCGCAGGACGCCGGGGCCAAGAACAAGCGCGACGACAUGCACAAGACCACCGGGGACGUGAUGAGCCACUCGUUCGGGGAGGGGUACUCGACGCGCUCCGACGAGGAGGGGUUCGGCGGGGUGUACGGCGGGACCGACCCGGUGGAGCACCACGGCACGGAGAUUCACCCCAGUCAUCCCGAGUACGACACGUCGCAGGGGUCUGAGGUGAAGGAGAAGGAGAAGGCGCGCCACCUCAAGGACGACAAGCGCGCCACCUAGGCGGCGGGCGGCGAUGCAUGUUUCGAUGUCAGGCUCGUCGCCGUUUAGUUUGCUUAGAUUUCGAGAUGCUAUUUCAAGUUUGCUGAGAUGUAGUAAGGGUUUAGUAAGCUAUUUUAAGGAACUUGCUGCGGAGGUUGUUCUUUCUACUCCAGCUGCUUUUAUGUACGAUAAGAAAUUAAGAACUAUUGGAAUGCCUUCCCCGGGCAUUGUCUAUGUUUGGAUUCUGCUAGAUUCUUCUAGGUUCUGGCAAUAAGAACGACAGCAAGUGACGAUUCAAUUUAGGGGGUGUUUGGUCCUU